AUGCGCUCAACACCCUCCAUCCCUCACCAUGCGCUCAACACCCUCCAUCCCUCACCAUGCGCUCAACACCCUCCAUCCCUCACCAUGCGCUCAACACCCUCCAUCCCUCACCAUGCGCUCAACACCCUCCAUCCCUCACCAUGCGCUCAACACCCUCCAUCCCUCACCAUGCGCUCAACACCCUCCAUCCCUCACCAUGCGCUCAACACCCUCCAUCCCUCACCAUGCGCUCAACACCCUCCAUCCCUCACCAUGCGCUCAACACCCUCCAUCCCUCACCAUGCGCUCAACACCCUCCAUCCCUCACCAUGCGCUCAACACCCUCCAUCCCUCACCAUGCGCUCAACACCCUCCAUCCCUCACCAUGCGCUCAACACCCUCCAUCCCUCACCAUGCGCUCAACACCCUCCAUCCCUCACCAUGCGCUCAACACCCUCCAUCCCUCACCAUGCGCUCAACACCCUCCAUCCCUCACCAUGCGCUCAACACCCUCCAUCCCUCACCAUGCGCUCAACACCCUCCAUCCCUCACCAUGCGCUCAACACCCUCCAUCCCUCACCAUGCGCUCAACACCCUCCAUCCCUCACCAUGCGCUCAACACCCUCCAUCCCUCACCAUGCGCUCAACACCCUCCAUCCCUCACCAUGCGCUCAACACCCUCCAUCCCUCACCAUGCGCUCAACACCCUCCAUCCCUCACCAUGCGCUCAACACCCUCCAUCCCUCACCAUGCGCUCAACACCCUCCAUCCCUCACCAUGCGCUCAACACCCUCCAUCCCUCACCAUGCGCUCAACACCCUCCAUCCCUCACCAUGCGCUCAACACCCUCCAUCCCUCACCAUGCGCUCAACACCCUCCAUCCCUCACCAUGCGCUCAACACCCUCCAUCCCUCACCAUGCGCUCAACACCCUCCAUCCCUCACCAUGCGCUCAACACCCUCCAUCCCUCACCAUGCGCUCAACACCCUCCAUCCCUCACCAUGCGCUCAACACCCUCACGUUCCUGUCCACUCUCUCCUCCCCUCCAUCCCUCUACAUCUAUGCUGA